UUGUACCCUGCUGGCAAUGCUUGCUGUUUGUUUAAUUAUACAGUCUGUGUGUCAGUAAUAGUUACUCCCCAAGCUGUCAAAGAACCAUGUGCUGCUGGAGAAACCAAUAGAGAUUCGUGAAGCAUGAUGGGUGAACCUUUGCGUUCCAAGCCUCAUUCUGAACCCGGAACUUAUUCUAUGUGCAUGCUGCACCAGGAGCUGUGGAUUGCACCAGCCAGCCAGGGGUGAGAAAGAAAAUUAAAUGAUGUCUAAACUUCUCCUUACAUACCGGCUUGGAUGUGGCCUGAUAUGUGGAACAGCUGCUGCGGUUGUAAUUUAUUUGGUCUACAGGAGGAGUUCUAAAAAGAAUAACACAUUGCUCUCCAAGCAGGCUGGGUACUGUAUAAAUAAAUCAUCGGACCGCAGCACUAAUCCAUCAACAACACACUCACAAGCUGCGUUGGGAGAGGCGGUUAACAAAGCUGUGACACACGGCGAGCAGUUGGAGUUGCUGAGUCGGUUAGACGAUGUUCUUUCGACCAUUACUGUGUUGAGAGAGGAGGUUGAAACCCUUCGGAACAGCCUCCACGAAUUAGCAGAUGAUAUAGUUGAAGAAGUACGGUCACAAAUAGAGGAAAGCCAGAAGGCAGCUCGACGCCGGCGAUAUCCGUUACACAGAGAGAGGACGGAUUCAACAGGAUCUAGCUCAAUAUACUUCACAACCAGCUCUGGGCCAGCGAACACAGAUAUUGAAAGUGAAGGAGGCUACACUACAGCAAACGCAGAAUCCGAUUAUGACCGUGAGAGUUUUAAGGCCAGCGAGGAAGAAGAUGAAAUAAGCUGUGAAACCAUAAGGACGAUACGCAGGGAUUCGGCUGACCUCACGUCAGAUGACGGAGAUCUUACCCAGACCCUUGACUGUUUUGAAGACAAACUGACACUAUUGGUUCAGAAAGUAGAUCAACUUUACAAUGGAGAUUCGGAGCAGAAAAAAGAUUCAUUCCAAUUGCUCCGCUGUAAUAAAGGAUCGUUCGGGGAGAAUCAAGACUUUCUUUGGCGUCUUGCUCGGGCCUACAGCGACAUGUGUGAGAAUGCAGAAGACCUACAGAAAAAGAGAGCGUACGCUAUGGAGGGGAAAUUGCAAGCUGAACAAGGUCUAGAGUCAGGAAAUGCAAGUGAAGACGGUCGUGCGGAGAAUCACAAAUGGCUUGCCAUCCUUUGUGAACAGCUCGCAGAACACGAAAGUAUCCACUGGCGAAUUCUGUUGGGAUGCCAAUUUAAGGAACAUAUUGAAAAGGCAAUUUCAUUAAACCCCACUGACCCAAGAUGUUAUUAUCUGCUCGGACGCUGGUGCUAUCAAAUCUGUAACCUGGAUCUGUCGGAAAUAGAGACCAUCUCGGGCUUGUUGGAAAAAGUCCCGAAGUCUUCUGUUCAGGAAGCUCUGCAAAACUUUCUGAAGGCUGAAGAAAUGAUGCCUGAUUUUUCAAAGGCGUUAAGAAUAUACAUUGCAAAGUGUUAUAAGGAUUUGGGAAACGAUGCAACUGCUGCACAUUGGUUGAAAACGGCGGCUGAACUCCCUAAUAUUACAAGAGAGGAUCGAGAAAUGUCUGCUUCCAUAGAAGAAAUGUCGAAAACAACUGAGGAAGUCCAACUGCUAUAAUUACAUCAGAAGCAUUUCUUUGGAUUGUAAUGGGAGAUACUACAGAUCUGAUCGAUGGGCAGAUCUGCAGCAUUUAAAUCUGAAUACAAAAGACACAAGUAAACUGCAUGGUCAGUACUUGGGGGUACUACACAUCCUUAUCUUAGAAUUCUAUUUUCCGACCAUUGUAAUGAACUGUGAAAGGCGUGUUAGCCUGAAAGCAUUGUUCUGAGACGCACACAUUCUACAGUUUCUGGAAUAUUCCGGUUUUUAAUUGUUACUUUUUUUGUUACACAAAUAAUUAAGCCACGGUAGUUUAGUUUGAAAUUAAAGGGACUCCUGAAAACAAGGUUUUGUUUGAGCAGUUCUGCCUACUUUUGCUGGUGUAGUCUUGUGAAAGUUUGUUUUUAUAAUCACACUCUUAAUAUAAGGAUAGAAUGCCGCCUAAUUUAACGUUUAGUUUGUCAUGUCAAAUUAUUUUCAUUCUGCUAAAUGUUGUACGGAGAUGUAUCCAUUCCAACCACCAUAACCACUUCAGCCCAUUGUAGUGCUUAUGGUGCCCAGAGUGUUCCUUUAAGAAUGUUUUGACAACUUACCAAUUUGCUGUCGCAAGCUCCCCCAAAGAGGUAUGUUUGCUACGCUGAGCGCAGCCCCACAUGACGGAGCUUCUGACAGCAGAGUGAAUUUGCUUUACCUCCUUUACCAGAACCUGCC